GACUAUGACUCUGCAGACUUGUUACAUAACUUCACCUUCAGCACCAGGUUUUGAUGUGGAAAGCACCUUUCAGUUAAUUUAUAUCCCCAGGGGUGAAGCAGCAGAAACAUCUAAAGCUGUAACCAUGGUAUUUACAGACCGUCUAGCAGCUUAUUUGGCAGGGGUAAUCCUGUCACACCUGGCCCUAACCUGUGUUUUCCUUCUGGCCACGCUCGCUGCCGUCCGCUGGUACAUCAGAGAUUCCUACAAGGUUGAUGGUUUCAGCCAGAAACAUGUGCUCAUCACAGGCUGUGACAGCGGCUUUGGGAAUCUUCUGGCCAAACAGCUGGAUCGAAAAGGUUUCCAAGUCAUGGCCGCCUGCCUCACAGAGAAAGGUGCCGCAGACUUGGCAGCGGCUGCCUCCCCCAGACUGAAGGCCUUCCUGCUGGAUGUUACGGACAGCUCGAGCAUCAGGAAGGCGGUGGAGUCUGUGAGCAGAGAGGUCGGAGAGCGAGGUCUGUGGGGUCUGGUGAAUAAUGCAGGAAGAUCGACACCCAUCGGCCCAUCAGAAUGGAUGAAGUUAGAGGAUUUCACAAAGGUUUUGGAUGUGAAUCUGUUAGGAGUGAUUGACGUAACCCUCCAGUUUCUGCCUCUCUUAAAGAAAGCUCGGGGCAGAGUGGUGAAUGUAGCUAGUAUUCUGGGACGACUGUCUCUCACUGGUGGAGGAUACUGCCUGUCCAAAUGGGGAGUGGAAGCCUUUUCUGACAGCCUCAGGAGGGAAAUGCAGCACUUUGGUAUUAAUGUGAGCAUCAUCGAGCCCGGUUUCUUCAAGACUAACGUGACCCGCAUUGACCUUAUUGACGCUAACCUGAGGAGGCUGUGGUCCCGCCUCCCUCAAGAUGUGAAAGACUCAUAUGGAGCUACAUACUUUGAUGAGUAUGUGAAAGCUCAGACCUUCUCCAUGGGACUCUUGUGCAGUCCGGAUAUCUCUAAGGUGACGAGGUGCAUGGAGCACGCGCUGACCGCUCGCUUCCCACGCACACGUUACGCAGCAGGCUGGGACGCAAAGCUUUUCUGGAUCCCUUUGUCCUACCUCCCUUCAUUCAUUGCAGACUUUAUAGUCACUGUGCUUCUCCCUUCUCCUAAACAAAAGAUGUAAAUAGCAGACAGCCUUUACCAUCGCUGUAAAAGUUUGUAUGACUGUGUCAUUACUUCUCUCCUGUGUAUAUGUUGACCAUGUUCACCCUAAGCUAAAGCUGAUUGAGAUUUUCCCACACACCAUCUCUAGGGGUUAGAGAAGAUGAUUCAAAAAAAGAUAAAACAGUAGCUCAAAUAACCACUUGUUAAAACCAAGAUAUACAGAAGAGCAUCUCUGAACACACAACACAUCAAACACUGAAGGAGAUGAGCUAGAGCAGCAGAUGACCCCACCGGGUCCCAUUCCCAUCGACUAAGAAGAGGAAGCUAAGGUUACAAUGUGCACGGGCUCACCAAAAUUAAACAAUACAAGACUG